UAGAAUUUCUCUUAUACUAUUGCCAAGAGGUUAAAUAUCCUUUCGUUUCAUACCUUAUUUUACAGUGAAUCCAGAAUUUGUCUUUCAUCUAAGUUAGAUUUGACUAUGCAAAAGCCAGCUGAGGUCAUUUUUUAUUCAUAUCUUUGUAAAUGUGUUGAGGCUUAGCUAAGGCAGUUUGACUUAUCUGCACUGAGCAUCUGAAUGGGAGUUUCAAGCAGAGACUAUAUGCUAAAGAAACUGCUUGAGGACAUUUGCACCAGUCUGUGUUUAUAUCUAACAUGCUGUGAGCAGCAGCUGCUUUGAGGACAAGAUCGAGCGCUUAAAUGUGAAAAGCUACAUUUUGAUUUUUGCUUCCAAACUUGACGUGCCAUGCCCAAAUCAUAAAAACAGGAAUAGAUUUGUACAUAUAAUACACACGAGACUUCUAGUAGAAUUUAUUAGUUGAUAAAGUGUUUUAUUGUUAACUGUUCUAUUGUAACUUCAUUCGUUUAACACGUUAAAAUCUCCAUGUUCUUGCUAGAUUUGCAGUAAAUAUGUGAAAAAUACAGCUUUGAUUUUUUUCUUGGGCACACAAUUUCUAGAUUGUUUUGUGUUCAGAAACACAUAUUCGUAUGUCUUAAAGGGUUAAACAAAUCAUCAUGGAAAUAUAAACAUUCUCAUGCAAAUGGGGCACAAAAGUGUGUGUGCAUGCAGCAAACUGCUUUUACUUUCCUUCUUUCUUUUCCAUUGUGUUUGAAAUAAGGGCUAAAUUUAUUUUUCUUGCCAUAUAUUACAUAGCACAGUCACUUUUUUCUGUAAAUCUUAUGCACCAGCUGUUUACCAGACAGCUACAACACCUGUGAGUUCCUGUAAAUCAUCUGACUCAUGUGAUUCUUUUUCUAACUCACUUCUUCAUUUCUGCCGCCAGCUCAGUGCACAAGGUUCCCCAAUGCUGUCCCGAAUAUAUACAACCCUUCGUUUCGUCACUUGGAACAUUCGUGGGGUUAAAAGCACCCGGAAUUUACCAAAAAAGUUUGCAAAUGUGUUGAGCAACCUCAAUAACCUUCAGGCUGAUAUUGCCUUCAUACAAGAAACACAUAUUGGACCAAAGUGUUACAAAAUAUUGGAAGAUGAGACAGGAAAAGACUGGAAAAUCUUCUUCACUGUGCACAGCUCCCGCAGCAAAGGAGUUGCCAUACUGAUAAGAGACAAAGUACCAUUUGAGUACAUUUGCCAUGAUGAGGACUACAGUGGAGGUUACAUUGUGCUCUUCUGUCAUCUGUAUGGUGAACUGUACACUCUUGUUAAUGUGUACAAUCACAAGUCAGACAGAAAUGUCUUGGGUAGACUGAAAGAGUACUUGAUGGAAACAGCUGAGGGUGUGCUAGUGGUUGGAGGUGAUUUCAACACAGUUUUGCAUCCCAGAUUAGAUCGGAGACCUCCAUCUUCAAGGAAUUCACGAUUAAGAGAUAAAUUAGAAGACUUUACUGCAUCUCUGAAUCUCAGAGACAGCUGGUCAUUCUUACACUCAACUGAUGAUGGAUUUACACGAUGUCAGAAUGAGUGUUACUCCAGGUUAGACAUGUUUUUUAUGGCAGAGGACAAAAUAGAAAGGGGGUGUAAAAUUAAGAUACAGAGUGAUAAUAUUUCUGAUCAUGAUCCUGUUGUUCUAAAAGUCAGAGUCCAGAAGCAGUCCCAAAAUAAAAUUCCAAUUGUAGCGUCAAUGCUGAAAGAAUUUAGAUAUGAUCCUGACAGGAGACCAGGGAAGAUUAAUGGGGCAGAAAUACUGAGUGCUAUGAAGUCUUUGACUGACUCAGAAAAGCAACGAUCUAAUCAGUUGGAAAUAGAUUAUUACAAAAGGUUUCAAUGUCCAAUAACAGAAUUAUUAAAGAUAAAAUUCAAUCUCAUGGUAAAGAACAAACAUGUACCUGAAGCUUUCAAAGAAUCUCAUCUUUCAGGUGACAGACACAUCAGUGUGGACUAUUUAAUAUUCUCUCGACUUUUGGCCAAACGCCUCAGUGCUUUCAUUACCCCUUCUUUCAAGAGAAGAAAGAAAGCAAAGGUGGACACCCUCCUUAUUAUGACCUUUGAGAUCUGCACCCAAAAAAUCAGGUGGUCCUUCCUGGAACAAAGUCUUCUUUGGAAUCUGAAACAAAUCCCCUCUGCACCACCACCAGACUUCAGCAUUCUGGACUGCUUUCUUCCUGAAGUCCAAGGUUCUUCUGGGAAACUCAGACUUUUGCAGCCUGGCUGUCCAUUCACCAACACUAUCCUCAAUAUGGCUCUGACACAGCUAGAAGAUCUCAUUCUCAAAACUGAGACCCAGUGCAGGACCUUUGUUUGUUAUCAAAGACAGGCUCUGUUCAUAGAUGUACAGUCAAGCCGACAUCACAGGGUUAUUAAGAUAGCAGAGAAAUUUAACAAAUAUUCAGGGAUUAAUAUCAAAGUGUCUAUGAAAGGCCUUUGACUGUAAACAUUUCUAAGCACAACCAUUCUGACAAACUGUAGUCAUAAGUUCAAAUCAGAAACUACACUAAUGCCCAGGUACCAAACGUCCAUUUUGGGUAGUUAUGUUUAUGUAUGUUGGUUGGGCCAGUGUUGGCAAGGUCCAUUUUAAGGUUUAUGUAUGCUGGUGGUCCAAUAUUGGCCCAGUGGACAAUAUCACAUUUACCCAAUCUUGGCCCAAGGUCAGUUUGCUAACUGGCUAGCACUAGAGAAAGAAUAUUCUCUAUCUAAUGACUAAAUGAAAAAAUUGUAAUCCAAAUUAAAGAAGCAGAGACAAGAAAAUUAAAAACAAGAUAAACAAUGUUCACAGUCAUAUUGGUUCUCAUGCAAGAAAAAAAAAAAAAAAGAAAAAGAAAAAUUGGUGAGUUGCUCAUUGGAGAAAUGUGAACCACUUCCUACUACAUAACAAUGCCAAAUGUGUACUACACCAACUGUUAAUUUCUAAGCAUUGUUAUACUUCCAGUGUUCCAUAUAGUGCUCUGACACAUAGAUUGUUUAAUUGUAUUGAGUUAAAUAUUUUGGUUUCCUCUCUCUCUCUCUCACUCACUGUCUCUCUCUCGCUGUGCUUAUUGUCCUUUUCUCUCUUGGAUCUGUAAAAAUGUGAAAAAUUACCUUAUCUGAAAUAUGUGCACUAGCCAUUAUUAUUAUUAUUAUUAUUAUUAUUAUUAUUAUUAUUAUUAUUAUUAUUGUUAUUAUUAUUAUUAUUAUUAUUAUUAUUGUUGUUGUUGUUGUUGUUGUUGUUGUUGUUGUUGUUGUUGUUAUUUUGUUGUACUUAUGUAUGAUAUUUGGAUUAUUACUUAUUACUGCUGAGCCCCUAUUGAACCCCCCAAUAUAUACAAACACUGUCCACCUGAAUAAAACACUUGUACACCUGCUCAUUUAUGCAGUUAUCCAAUCAGCCAGUAGUACCAGAUGGGCUGGUAGCGACAGUUCUGUGGGCGGAAAUGUCUUGUUGAUAAGUGAUGAUGAAGAAGAAAAUGGCCAGAUUGGUUCAAGUUGCCUGGAAGGAUAUAGUAACUCAAAUAAUCACUCUUUAAAACCAUGAUGAGCAGAAAAGCAUCUCAGCAUGCACAACACAUCAAACUUAGUUGUGGAUCGGCUACAACAGCAGAAGACCACAUUGGGGUCCACACCUAUCAGCCAAGGACCGGAAUCUGAGGCUAUCCUGGGCAUAAGUUCACCCAAACUGGAAAGUUGAAAGAUUAGUCAAAUUGAGCUACUUAAAAAAAAUACUCUACAGCUGCCAGGAUCUUGUUUAAUAUCAAAUAAUUGGAUUUAAUUAAAUACAUUUCUGCAAACAAGGGGAAAAUAAAAAUGAACAUAAACAUAAAUAUAUUCAGUAAAACUUAUAUAAUAUAUUAUAGGAAAUAAAGUGAGUAUAUCCGUAUGUAAAUUGUGUAAGUUCUUUGAGUAAAUCUGAAUGUGUCAGUGCAAUACUGGAUUAUUAACAUUAUGAAUUAUAAAGUGAGUCCCUGGUGGUCCAGCAGUUAAGGAUCCUGCACUCUCACUACCGCAGCCCGGGUUCGAUUCCCGUGCAGGGAAAACCCAGCCACUGGGGGUUGCACUUAGUGCCAGUCCCAAGCCCGGAUAAAAUAAGAAGGCAUCCAGCAUAAAACCUGUGCCAUAUCAAAUGUGCUGACCAAUGAUCUGCUGUGGGGACCCCUAACAGGAGCAGCUGAAAGAACAAGAACAACAACAACAUAAAGUAUAAACUGAAUAAAGCCUUGUAUACACAAAUCCUCUUUGUGAUGUGAAACUGCCACUGCAAUAUUGGAGUAUUAACCCCAGAGAAGAUGAAUGUAAUGUAAUGUAUGGUGCAAACCAUGUAAAACAGUAGAUAUGAAACCAUGGGUGUGCAGCAAAGUAACUUUGAUCAACAGAGCACCCAAAGUUGUACAGUGGAAUAAUAUGAUAAGUAGCAUCAGUGACAUAAAUAGAAACUAAGUGCAAAAAUGUAACAUACAAUAUGCCCAAUGAGGUUAUUCUAGGAGUAGGCUCUAACGCAUAAUAAUGUCCAGGAACAAUGAUGAAUUGUUGUACAGGGUGAUGGCUGUUGGCUGUUCCUAUUCUAUUCUUUAUUACAGCUGAGCUGAAUUAGUCUUUAACUGUAGGUGCUCCACUGUUUGACCAAUAGGGUAUGGAGGGGAUGUGAUACAUCAUCCGAUAUAGAUAAUGGUUUUCUGAAUCUUCCCGCAAUCAUAUUAAAACCAGCCUUUCUUUAUCAGUUUGUUUUACCCUGCCUUGCUUCUCUGGCUUUAACUUGUACUUGAAGUCACUGGUGUACAGGGUGAAGAGGAAUGGGGAUAGCACAGUUCCCUGUGGUGUUCUG